AUGGCGUCCGCCACUGGGGGCUUCAACUUCGAUCUGGUCGAGCGCAAUGAGCUGCUGCAGAAGCGCGGCAUGCAGGGGCCGGGCUUCACGAAAACGGGGACCACCAUCGCCGGCAUCAUCUUCAAGGACGGCAUCGUGCUGGGGGCAGACACCCGUUCCACAUCCGGCAGCACCGUGGCCGACAAGAACUGCGAGAAGAUCCACUUCAUCGCGCCCAACAUCUACUGCUGCGGCGCGGGCACGGCAGCCGACACCGAGAACGUGACGGGCAUGGUGUCCUCGCAGCUGGAGCUGCACCGGUACGGCACCAACCGCGAGUCGCGUGUGGUCACCGCCCUGACCCUCCUGAAGAGCCACCUGUUCAAGUACCAGGGUCACGUGAGCGCAGCCCUCGUCCUGGGCGGCGUGGACUUCAAGGGCCCCCACCUCUUUACUAUCUACCCCCACGGCUCCACAGACUCGCUGCCGUACUGCACCAUGGGCUCUGGCUCCCUGAAUGCCAUGUCGGUCUUUGAGUCGGGGUUCAGGGAUGACAUGGACCAAGCCUCGGCGGUGGAGCUCGUCACCAGGGCCAUUCGGGCCGGGGUGUACAACGACCUGGGGUCGGGGUCAAACGUGGACAUCUGCGUCAUCAAGCGCGGCAGCGUAGAGUACCUGCGCAAUCACCAGUACCUGCAGGGCAAGACGUACGAGCGGGCGCACCCCAUGGUCAUCAAGUCCGGGAAUGCUCCGGUGGUGGCGGAGCGCCGCUUCGACGUCGCUCAGUAUGUGGAGGUGGGCCCCGCGCCGGAGGCCAUGGAGCUCAGCUGA